AUGCGAGGAGGAGGGAGGGCUCGCCUCUCCGUGGAAUCAGGUUUAUUUUUUAUUUUCCUGCGCGAACCAUCUUUUUAUCUGCUGUUUUCUUCGGACGGCGAAGGACGGACGCUUUUUGCCACGCUGUUCGUCUCGUCGACCGCCUCCUCCUGCCCGUACCACGACUCGUUCGGAGCAACAGAAGCAUGGAUUCCGUUCGUUCAUCCAUCACAAUUAUGCGCUGCUCGCGAUUUGAAUGAUCCGGUCGAAAGGUGA